AUGACCCUACCAGAAAUGAAGGGUGUAUAUCUGUUAGCAGUCACGUCGAUUGGCCUUCAAUUUUGCAUGGGUCUCGGAUUAUCCAACUACCAAUUCCCAACUCAUUUCAAAUUUGGAGCAGCUACCGCAGCCUACUCGAUCGAAGGUGCUUGGAAUUUGGAUGGAAAAGGAUCUAGUUUUUGGGACAAUAUCACUCAUGAAUUUCCAAAUGUCAUUGUCGAUGGAAAGAAUGGAGAUGUAGCAUGCGAUUCAUAUCAUCGAUACACAGAGGAUAUUCCACUGUUUGCUGAUAUCGGACUUAAUUUUUACAAGUUUAGCAUUUCCUGGCCAAGGAUUCUCCCCAAAGGCACCAUCGAUUACAUCAACCAGAAAGGAAUAGACUAUUACAAUGACUUGAUCGACCUAAUCAUAAACAAAGGCUUAGAACCUCAAGUAGUUGCAUUCCACACUGAUAUUCCGUUUGAAUUGUCAAAAGUGGGAGGAUUUACUAACGAAACCACUGUGCAACACUUCGUGGACUACACCGAUUUGCUCUUUAAAACUUUUGGAGACCGUGUUAAAUUCUGGAUUACUGUAAAUAAAGCUCACCCAUUUUGCAAGAUCGUAUUGAAAGAUGUUCUACACCCAGUUAUCCCUCAACAUCUAGGAUUCAAGGAAUACCAAUGCGGUCAUAAUAUACUUAAAGCUCACGCCUCUGCGUAUCGCAACUACGAAAAAAACUACAAAACUAAGCAAAAAGGUUUAACCGAUGUACUGGCUUGCAAAUAAUUUUAAG